CUUUGGAGCCGCUGGGACGAGGCGGGAGCGGGCUCGCGGCGCCGCCGUGCCCAGUGCCCCGGGACAAUGCGCCCCUGCUGCCGCCGCCGCCGCCGCCGCUGCUGUUGGAGACCACUCCCCUUCCCCGGCUUCUUGCUACUGCAGCUCAUCCUGGCCCCUGGUCCUGGGACCGCUGCCACCUCUAACAGAUGUGAUACUAUUUACAAGGGCUUUGCUGAUUGUCUGAUCAAACUUGGGAACAGUAUGGUCCAGAGUGGGCAGUCUGACAAGGGGACUGACCUCACACCCCCUGAACUUGAAUCCAUCUGCAGGUCAUGGGAAAACUUUCAGACCUGUGCCAAUGGGGUCCUGGCCAACUGCCCACAGGAGGCGACUGCCAUCUGGGCGUCACUGAAAGAAGAAUCCCGAAAGGCCCAAUACCCGGGCAACCUACAUGACCUGUGCAGCUCUCGGCCUUUCCCCCCAAGUAACGUCAGGGGUGUCGCCAGUGAGGAGACCAACCAGGAGACCCUGCAAGGGUCUUCGUCUCCUGGCUCCCCAGCCCCAGCCCCAGCCCUGUUGGCUGCAGCACUGGCCCUUGCCUGUAUCCUAGGGCCCUUGGCUUAGCUCUCCAAGCAGAGUGUCACAGCCCACCCCAAGGAGACCCCCAGACCUGUUCCAGUUCAAUCCAGUGACUGGAUGAAUCACCUCUUGUGUGCAGAGCACCAUGUUGGGGCAAGGACUGCAAAGAUCGAAUUCCCUUUCUCGGUCCAGGCCCCCACCUUUUCUCCACUUGGUCCUGGGUCCUCCUGGUCUAGAGGAGCUGUCCAUCUUCUUCUUGCCUUCCCCUAUCCAAGGAAAGUGUGUGAAGGAAUACCUCCCAGAGCUCUUGGCUCUCAUGGGGGAAAGGGAAUCCCGGUAUCCCGUGUCUCUCUCCUUGGUGUCUACUUAGGUGGGGAACAGGAAUCUCCAGGUUCUGUGGGGCUCCAUGGCCUCUCCGCUCACCAAGGACAGCUCUGCCUGAGGCUCCGGCACCAGGUUAGGGAGCUGCAGAUACUUUUCCAAAGCAAGGGCUCUUGUCUCCCAGGCCCUAAUCUCCCUAUGGUCCCUGUCUCUAUUGAGGGAUCCCUGAGUUCCAUAAAGCCUGACGAUCCUUGUACCAGAACUCUAGGCUGCCCCACACCUUUAACACCCCUCCCUCUGUCCAAUCUCCGCCUGUUCUGGUUUCAUUAAAAAAGAUCUAUAUUUGUACUAAA